ACUGGGAAGGACUACUCUGGUGUAGUUCAGCUGUGAUACACUCCUCUUAUACAGAGCUCUGACAACCUCAGUCCUUACUGGAACCUCUGGUCGUGGAGUUUCUUCGCUCUUUGGUACAAAGAUGGGAUAUACAAACAUCCAGGAGUUUCUGAUAUCAAAGCAACAUUGAUAUUGGGUGUAUGUUGUGGUACCAUCUAUAGAUGAUUGUGAAUGCCAUUCCUCUUGUGUGCUGAUGAGAUUACCAGGCUUCCCCAUGGAUGGAACCGUGCAUAUGUGGCUGCUGGCAGGGUUCAUCCAGGUGGUCAGUCUCUUGUGUGUGCAGUGGUCAGAUCCUGCGGUCGUGGUUGUUGAGGUUGUGUUUGGCCACUUCCCCACCAGUCAGGAUCCAGACUGGUACACCGUCUCCUACCAGAUUGCACGCAACCUCACGGUGUGGCUGGAUCCGAUUGACCGCUCUGAGUGUUCUCCUGACUGCAGGUUGCUUCUGCGAUUGGCUAAGGAGCCAGGAGGAAGUGACAUCACGCUGAAAGCUAUCAAAAACAAUACCGCACUGAAGACUAAGACCUUUCAUAUCGCUCCUGUCCCCCUCUCCUCUCUCCGUGUCGAGGUGACCACCACCAGCACUCUCCUGACCUGCAGCCUACAGAACAGACAGAGCCUCACUGCUCUUAGUCUACACAACACGCACAUCAAACACACACACACUGAAUACACACACACUGAACACACACGCUCUGCCCACACACACACCUCUUCGUACGCAGUGAGAGGUCUGCAGCCUGGAGCACACUACAGCAUCACAGCAGAGUUGACCACACCUCUCACACACCUCAACAUCAGCCUCACCCAGAGACUACACACCACCAUGGAGACAGCCCAGUGUCCCAUUGGUUGGCUGGCGAGUGGAAGUAGCUGCUACAGUGUGAGUAGGCGGUGCCUGUCGUGGGGCGACGCCCAGAAAACCUGUACAAGCAUGGCUUCAGGAGGACACCUUGUGGAUGUUAAAACAGAGAGAGACCUCCUCCUCCUCUCCUCUCACCUGACUACACACAACAACCUACUACUGCUCUGGACCGCUCUCAACGACAGACUGGAUGAGGGGCUGCCCCGCUGGUCUGAUGGCUCCUCCUACAACCUGACGAGUGCUAUAACAUCAUCAUCACUGCCUGCCAAUCAGACGGACUGUUUUGCUCUACAGAGGAACUCUACUGGACUAGGCUACUUCCUGACUUCGUUCUUCUGCCACAUUCCUUUACCUUUUAUCUGUCACUGGGAAAUCCCUCACCUCCCUCCUUUAUUCAACUUUGACCUGGUGGAGGUAACAGAGAGAGAUGCAGAGCUUCACUGGAGUGACCUCACAUUCGUAAACUCCUCCCACCCUGCCCCCCAGCUCUAUGUCCAAUACCAAGUAGAGGAGGAAAAGGAGGAAAAACAUGGGGAAGAGAAGGAGAGGUGGACUGCAGGCCGUGUCCCAGUGUCUCUAUUCUCCAGAGGGCUGAAAGUGCCAGGCCUGUCCCCAGGCAAGGUCUACUCUCUGUCCCUCAGAGCCUCCCACCUUACUGGGGCCGCAUGGAGCCUGGGGAGCGCGCAGACUUGUCACACACGGCCCCUUCCCCUCGAAACGUCACCAUUAGCAACAUGA